UGGGGAUUAUUCUGAGCUGUUGGGCGUUUAGCGUUAUUUUUGCAGCUGCGGUUUUCAUAUUCAUUGGGGACGAACAAAGAACAACAACAACAACAACAACACACCUCUCUUCUGCACAUAAUCAAUCCCGCCUUUUCUCGCGUUUAAUCCACUUCUCACCUUCUUCUUCCUCCAUAAAUCUCUUUCAAACUCUUUCCGCGCUCCUUUAUUUCCAUUCUUUCAGGUUCUUGUCAUUGAUCAUGAACUAUGAAGCCUCCGACAGUAGCGGUACUGAUGAUGAUCUUCCACCAUCACGUCAUAACAGAGUUUCUAGAGGGGGUCGUGUUUCUGGAAAGGGAAUGCCUGCUUUGAGUUCUUUCCCAUACUCUAGAGUGCAUGACAUGGAGGCCCAGAUUCAUCAUCUUGAACAAGAAGCUUACUGCUCAGUAUUGCGUGCAUUUAAAGCCCAAGCAGAUGCCAUUACCUGGGACAAGGAAAGCUUGAUAACAGAGCUUAGGAAAGAAUUGAGAGUAUCAGAUGAUGAACACAGAGAGUUGCUUGCCAGGGUUAAUUCUGAUGAUAUCAUCCGUGAGAUUAGGGAGUGGAGACAGGCAGGUGGGCACCUAAAUGCAAGACGCAGUUCGGCCCAGCCAAUUCAUGAUGUUGUACCCAGUCCAACUGUUUCAGCAUCGCGUAAGAAGCAGAAAACAAGUCAACUGAAUGCGCCACUGCCUAGUUUUUCAUCUAUGAAACCGAUGCAGUACUCUUCUUCCGUUCCUGCUGGAAGCAGACAGUUAAAUAAUCAUGGUUCUUCUGGUACCCUUCUGGCAAAUGAAUCUGCUGAAGCUCCACCAUAUGACACUUUAAUUGGAAGGAAAGUGUGGACCAGGUGGCCUGAGGACAACAGCUUCUAUGAGGCUGUUAUAAAAGAUUAUGAUCCUGUUAAGGGCCAGCAUGCUUUGGUUUAUGAUAUAAAUACAGCACGAGAGACGUGGGAAUGGGUUGAUAUUAAAGAGAUCCCGCCUGAGGAUAUUCGAUGGGAUAACGAGGAUCCAGGAAUGACUCACCGAGGAGGGCAUGGAGGGCAAAGCCGUGUCUAUAGAAGAUCACAAAGCUUGGGUGGUGGUGGUGGUAGAGGGAGAGGGCACUCAAAGAGCCAGUCCAGAAAGGAAGUUUCUCCAUCACAGAAUGGUGUUGGAAAAAAAGUGCUGGAUGAUAUAGAAUUACUUAAUACAGAGGCAUUGGUACAGGAGGUAGAGAAAGUUUUCAAUACAAGUAAUCCUGACCCUGCGGAGCUCGAAAAGGCAAAGAAAAUGCUUAAAGAUCACGAGCAGGCACUUGUGGACGCAAUUUCUAGACUAACUUAUGCAUCUGAUGGUGAAAGUGCAGAAGGGGCGCAGCCGAAUGUGAAUGACCAAUUAGUUGACAAAAACAACAAUACUUGAGCUACCAAGUGCCAGUGCAAGUGCAAGUGCCAGUGCCAGUGCCAAAUCUGAAUAUGGAAAUGUCUACCAUUAUCAAGUUGUAUCAAAAAUUAUUCUAUGGUAGUGGAUUAAAUUCUUUUGUUUUUUCUUCUUUUAUGGUUCUCUUCCAGAGAGGGGGAGGGAUUGCCUUUUCUUAUAAAUAUCUGUGGCACUAGAAGGGAUAGUAAACAACGUUGUGAAAAUUUAGCAAUCUGUAGCUUAUAAUUGGCAUUAUGGCUUAACUUCAUCUCCA